AUAUCUAAGAACCUAGGGCCCCCGCGAUAUAUCGGUGUUGGUGAUGGUGGUGAUGGUGGUGGUGGCACGCCGUUUAGGGGUGCCCACCUCGACGCGCUCGGUAGACCACCACUAUGGGGGUUUGGGACCUCCAUAGCGGUUCCUGGGGCCUCAGGGGGCCUUUCUCGAUCGAUUGACGCGUUAAAAUGA